AUGACCGUCACACGGCUCGACCAGGGGCAGCACCACCGGCCGCGGAUGGCCUUCCUGAAAAAGAUUGAAGUGCUUAUGAUGGAGAUGCAGAAUCCAGAUACGGGCAUCAAGACGCAGACGCAGAGGGUGAUGAUCACAAACAUCCCACAUGCUGUGGCAGGUAAUGAUAUAUUGCAGUGGAUUCUCCAGCGCUUGCAGAUCUCUGAGGAAGAGGCACUCCACCUGGGGGAUCUGUUUGUCAAAUAUGGAUACAUCUACCCACUUCAGGAGCCAAAGAAUCUCACCCUGAAGACAGACAGCAGCCUGUACAGGUUUCAAACCCCUUAUUUCUGGCCCGCGCAGAGCUGGCCUGCUGAUGACACAGACUAUGCAAUUUACCUAGCAAAGAAGAACAUUAAGAGGAAAGGGAUUUUAGAAGAAUAUGAAAAGGAACAUUACAACAUGCUCAAUCAAAAAAUAAACUACAAGUGGGAUUUUGUUAUUAUGCAGGCCAAAGAGCAGUACAAGGCAGGGAAGGAGCGGAAGAAGGCAGACAGGUACGCCCUGGACUGCCAGGAGAGAGCCUACUGGCUUGUGAACCGAACUCCUCCCGGCAUGCUAGACGUCCUAGAGUAUGGAUUAGACCGCGUAACGGAUCCCAAUGAAAAUAAGAAAAAAACUAUGGAUGUUUAUAGGAGAGAGAUCAUGUACUAUCAGCAGGCCAUCAUGAAGUCCAGAGUGAAAUCUUCUGUCUCUCUUGGAGGGCUUGUGAAGUACUCUGAGCAGUUCCUCUCCAAUGAUCCUAUCCUGUCUGGAUGUCUCCCCAGCAACCCCUGGAUAACAGAUGACCCUGAGUUCUGGGAUCUCAAUGCAAAACUAGUGGAAAUCCCCACCAGAAUGCGUGUGGAGCGAUGGGCCUUCAAUUUCAGUGAGCUGAUACGAGACCCGAAAGGUCGGCAGAACUUCCAGCUCUUCCUGAAGAAGGAGUUCAGCGGAGAGAAUCUGAGUUUCUGGGAAGCCUGUGAGGAUCUCAAGUACGGAGAUCAGUCCAAGGUCAAAGAAAAAGCUGAAGAAAUUUACAAGCUCUUCCUGGCUCCAGGAGCAAGGCGCUGGAUAAACAUUGAUGGCACAACAAUGGGCAUCACGGUCAAAGGCCUCAAGCACCCUCAUCGUUAUGUUUUAGAUGCCGCUCAGACCCACAUUUACAUGCUGAUGAAAAAGGACUCCUAUGGCCGCUAUUUAAAGUCUCCAAUAUACAAGGAAAUGCUGGCCAAGGCUGUUGUGCCACAAGAGAGUGUCAAAAAAAGCUCCACUUUCCCGUUCGGACGCCGCCACCUCCGCUCCAGCCCCAGCCCCGUUAUUGUGAGGCAGCAGGAGGAAGAGGCCAAAGCCAAAGAAGCCGCCACGACCGUGGACAUCACGCAGGUCAUGAGCAAGCUGGAUCGCAGGAGCCAGCUCAAGAACGAACCUCCCAAGUAGGCUCUGAGCCCUGCAGGGCACAGUACAGGGAAAAGACAAGCCGAGGCUGGUGUUGAGCUUCAUCAACGCUUCCUGAAGGUGUCAGUGCUG